CUCCGCACCCGCGCACCGGCGGCGAGCGCGGCCGCCAUGAGGCUCCCCGGCGGCGCGCGGCGGGUGGCAGCGCUGCUGCUCGCCGCCGCCUCCUUGUGUAUUAAUUGUUCACCCAGUCUUGCUGUUGCCUCAACCACACAGUUUACAGCACCAUCUAUAGCAGGUACCCUCCCAACUACCACGCAGCCCACCAACACCACAGAGCCCGCCAGUGCUACGCAGCCCGCCAGUGCUACGCAGCCCGCCAAUGCUACGCAGCCCGCCAAUGCUACACAGCCCACGAAUGCUACACAGCCCACCAACAGCACUGUAUCUGCCCCCACUACUACUCAGUCCAUCAAAACCAGCAAGAUAAUAGCGUCAACCACGGUUUCAUCAGUCACGUCUUCACAGCUCAACAUUACAGAGACCACUUCCAGAUUUUAUACUUCUGUAACAGCUGCACCAAAAUCUGAGGCUGUCAUAGCCAAAACCUCCAGAUUUGAUGCGGGCAGUUUCAUAGGUGGCAUUGUGCUGACACUUGGAAUCCUAGUUAUUCUCUACAUUGGAUGCAAAACAUACCACUCUAGAAGAGGCAUUCAGUACAGAACCAUUGAUGAACAUGAUGCCAUCAUUUAAAGAGACUUCAGGGAAGACAGUGAUGGAAACCCAACCUGUCACAGCUGUUGUAACUUAUGCAAAGAGUUUCUUUUACAGAAAUGAUCACAGUCUGUAAAGCUGUUUGUGGGUCUGAUCUUGCAGAAUGCUGAGAAUCUCUUAAGCAUUCCUGAUUUUUUGCAUUGGCUUUGAAAAGAGCAGGAGGAACUUGGCACUUUGUAGAAAUAGGUUUUUUUUCCUCCAGUAUUUGUAAUCAAAUUUAAGAAACACACACAGUGUCAUUUAAAGAUAUGCAGACUUGUGUGAGAUACUAAAUCACUAGCAGAAUGGUAACAUAAUUAAAAUUCUAAGUAAGCUCAAUUACAGACUACACUGGAUUUAUAGGAAUAUGUGAGCAAUAAUUAGAAUGGUAUGCUAAAUAAAUUAAGUAAAUUUAAGUCCCAUUUAAGACCAAGCAUAGAUGUUUGCAAGUAAAACAAGAGUGUUUCUUCCUACUCUUUUGUAUUAAAUUCUAUUUAUUUUAAGUUUGAUGUUAACUUGAAGAAAUUUUGGAUCUCAAACAAUUAAGUUAAUUUUAAGCUAGUAGAGGGACAUAGUGUGCUAACUGUAUAGAAGAUGAUAAUGAACACCUGUAUUUAAAACUUCAGUCAUUAGCUCACUGAUCUGCAGAGACUUUGCUUAACACUGUACACAAUGAAAGUAGCUGCAGGAACCUUAGACAGAUUGGAGAUAUCCAUCCACAAAAGAAUAUUUGUCUCUAAAUGAUCUUGAUAGGAAAACAGACUAUAUACAAUCCUUAGCUUCUUCGAUAUAGCAUGUCCUACUGUUGUGUUCAAGAUAAAGUCAAAAGCAAAAAUAGUAAUAAUUGCACCCAUCAUGAAUAUGGAGAGUUCUGCUAAAAAUAGCUCUUGGUUGAAUGUAGCCAUCAUUUCACUGUUGUUGUUAUGAGGAAGCUGUGUUGAGUGUUUUUGCAUGUGUUUAAGCAUUGAAAGUUACCCAAACAGAAAAUCUAGAGGAUAUCAUUUUAAAAGAAUAUAGUUGCCUGCAUUUUUACAACUAUUUUCAUGACCUCGCACUGCUGCACACAUGUACAGGGGCCUGGUCAAAAGCCCACUGAAGGCAGCAGUGGCUCCCAAGGGCUUUUGGAGUAAGUUCUAAGUACUCUUGGAAACAGCUGUGCUGCUGCUUGCCUUGCCACUCUUGCAUUUACACUAGGGUAAACCUACUGACCUCAGUAGAUGGUCUCUUGAUUUACACUGGUGUUAAGAAAAUUAGAAUUAGGCUGGAAAAAAAUACAGAUCUGAAUCUCCCUUAAGUUAGCGAGUGAUUGUUUAGUCCUUCUCCAUUUCCUUUUGUGGCCAUCUCUCAGGUAAAGAGUGCUGGUUUUCUGGGAUUUGCCCUCCUGGCUAUUGCUGGCAGAAGAGGGAGAACAGGGAGGUGGUGACAGCUGGGGAAGGUCAGGAAGGGAACUGUGCAUGCGGGGCAGGCAGCUGUCUGGGGUGAAUGCAUCAGGGGAAAUAAAUGCAGCUCUGGCACUGAUUACUUUUUUGUUAAGCCACAGUUUAUUCUUUUCAAGACUUGCACUUUCAUGAACCUUUAACAUUGCUCUGUGAUUUGUUUUUUGUCUUUUUUGUAUAGAGUAAUAAAACCUUUCUGUCAGAGGCACAGCAAACUUCAGCAAACUCUAGUUUAUCUGAGCUCAUUGGUUCAUUGCUUUAUCCAGUAGCACAACAACUCAUGCAAAACUGGGGUUGCAUGACUACUUUGUUCUUUUUUUUUUUUUAAUAAGAUUGAAGAUAUGGAGUAGUGAAUGAUUUGAUGCAAAUAGUGUGUGUACAAUUUUCUUUAGUUUCACUGUUUUGGGGAAAACUGCUGUUUUUAAUUUAAACAGUUUGGAAAUAAUUGUUCCAUAGAACUAGUUUCUUACUUUCUUCGUAGAAAUUAGAGUAUUAAGUGCAACUAAGUAGAGUUACUGGGACUGUCUCACCUCUAUUGUACAGAUAAAUAAAAUGAAGCUUUUGCAGUUA